AUGACUUCGAUGCCGGAUAAUCUCAUGGAAGUGGACGCGGAUUAUAUUCCACCAGUUAAACUAAGAAAGACAACAAAUGAGGAUGAUCAUAACGAUUUAUAUUGUUUUGAAUGUCAUGAUGAAGGUGAUGUGAUUUGCUGUGAUUCAUGUCCACGUGUCUAUCAUCCGAAAUGUCUGGGAUUGACAACAUUACCAGAUGGAGAUUGGACAUGUCCGGAAUGCAAAAUUACACAAUCAGCAUUUACUAUGCCAAAUGUUUCAUUGAAUGAAUUUCAUAACAUGUUGAAAUAUGCAACUCGUCGAAUGAAGUCUCAUCCUCAAGGCACACCAUUUAUGCACCCGGUUGAUUCGAAACAAAUGCCUGAAUAUCUUGAUUACAUUAUUCAUCCAAUGGAUUUGGAAACCAUUGAGAAAAAUAUCGAUUUAAGAAAGUAUUCAUCGUCCGAUGCAUUUCUUGCAGAUGUCAAAUGGAUCACACAUAACAGUGUGGUUUUUAAUGGAAGUCAAAGUAAAUUCACUGGCGUCGCACGUGCAUUGCUGAAAAUUGCUCGUCAUGAAAUGAACGAAAUCGAAAUCUGUUCGGAAUGUUAUCUACGUAGUGCACAAUCAUUAACCUUAGAUUGGUUUGCUGAGCCAUGUUCAACGCCACAUACAUUAUGCUGGGCAAAAAUGAAAGGUUAUCAACCUUGGCCGGCGAAAGUCCUACGAAUUGUCAACGAUGAAGUUGACGUGCGAUUUUUCGGUCAGCAUGAUAGAGCAUGGGUGCCGAUUAAUAAUUGUUUUAUACUUUCCAAAGAAUAUCCGGGUUUAGAGAAGAAAAAGUCCAAUAUGAAUUUUGAAAAAAGCCUCUCGGAAUUACAAACACAUAUUGACAAGUUAAAAACAGUGUAUGGAAAUUUUAAUUACGCACCAGUUCAAACACCGCUCAGUAAAACGAAACCGUUCAAAUUCGUUUCAGUUAUUGAUGAUUCGGUUCCACCUGUUUAUGUGACGAUUGGAAAUAAUAGUACGGCACUUCGUUCGUCAAUCAAGUGUGUUAAACAAGCGCGUUCUCCUCUGCCGCAACAAACAACUGAACCAACGUCGAGUAUGAAAUCAUCAGCGAAACGUCCGAAUGAAAAUAGUCAAGACACAGAAGAAUCUGUGAAACGUGCGAGAGUGUCAUCACUAACUGUCGAAGAGACUAAUACCAAUCCAAAUCGUAUCGUACUUCGAAUACGGAAACCUAGCGAAGAUUUAUCAAGUAGUCGAAGUGAAACAUCAAAUGGUAGUAAUAGUAAUCACCAGAUAAUCGUUCAAAUGAAAGAGCCACUGUCAACUUUAAAAGAAGACGAUGAAAAUCAACUUGAAUCUCAAUCAGCAAAUGUAUUCGAUAUUUUUAAUAGUACUAAUCAAACUUCAAAUUUAUCACCCAAAGAUGAUGAAAUACCACCCGAGCUUCCCGAAAAUCGAUCACCAUCAUCGUCAUCAUUAUCAUCGCCUCCCUCUCUGUCUAUUGACACCACACAAGCUGAUGUCUCACCUAUCGAUUACGUAGACCCGAAUGCUGAAGAUGUCAGAUUAUCAAUGAAUGCUUUACUCGAUGCUGUUGAUGCUGUGAAAUCGAUAUCAGAAGUUCGUACAGUGCAACCAUUACUGGCAACAAAAACCACAGCAGCACAUACGAAUGAAUCUCAUCCUGUACAACUUCCGUUUGCUGAACGACGUACAACUACAAAACAUCCAAGAAAAUCUCGUUUACAACAUCGUAUAAUCACACCUCAGUCAAAGCCGCCACCGAUGGGCAACGUUCCUCUACCACCUUUGGAACAACCUGUUUAUGAACGAUCAAAUUCCCCUGUAUCAACCAAUGUGCCAUUGAGACCCUUAUCGAUCAGCCCAGCUAGUACUGACACGUUAGAAGAUGGUCUGAAAUCUACAACUGAUGACUUAGCCGUAUCGCAUCGAUUAGUAGAAAGAACGGCUUCCAUUGAAACACUCAGUGUCAAAUCUGAACCAAUUAAUAAUGAAGAACGUCGACAAGAGCGAUCGAAUCCAUCGCAGCAACAAGCACCACUCGUUCCAUCAACUACACCAAGCUCAUCAUCAGCGAUCUCUACUAAAUCAUUUCUUAUAUCACCUCCAGCCAAUACAUCACAUCAUAAAACCAAAACGGCUGUACCUCCUCUAUCAACACCAUCUACUCCUUCUCUUCCAGCAAUGAUACCAAAUAGUAAUAAUAUAUUUGCACCACGAACAUCAACAGCAGUAGCAACUGCACAAAAAACUAGUUGGUCAAGUGCAGGACCAAUGCCUUCUGCAACGCGACAAAUACCAAAUACAGCUCAUAAACGACCUGCCCCACCUUUAUACGCACCGACUGCACAACGUAAUAGUAAUACAAAUGCUUCAACAAUGAAAAUACCUCCUCCAACAACAUUGCAGCCUCAAUCAUUCGAUGUUUUUUCUAUUAAUGCAUCUGCACAACGAAGACCCAAUGGAAUAUCUCAUCCGACGAUGAAUUCCAGUACACCACCAUUACUACCAAUUCGAAAUCCUAUACGUAUGCCACAAUUCAAUAAUCAUCCCACUCGUUCACCAAUUGAAGAUCAUCAAACACCAGGAGAAAUCCAGACGAUCAUCAAAACAUUCAACGACAAAUUUCAACAAUUAUUAACUGAUUUCACUGUAAAAAUCGAAACGGCAUUAGAAUCAAAUCGUGUCAAAUACGAAAAAGAACUGGAAGAGACGCGUCGAACGUAUCGCAUGUCCAUGAAUGAAUUGCGUACAAUAACAACUCAACAAGUUCAAGAAAUGCACAAUAGUUUAGAAUUACAAUAUUGGACACGUCUUUCGGAAAUGCGUAAUCGCUACGAAUCGACUCUUCAGCAACACUCGAAACCUUCGAAACAACUCAACGGUGGUUCGCUAUUGUUCUUCCGUUAUCUUCUCACUAUUUUUCUCGUCGGAUCUCGAUAUAUAUAA